AGGCCGCGCGUUACGGGACCACGCACUGUCCACAGCCGGGUCCGUAAACGGAGAGCGUUUGGAGGGCAGGCCAGAAAGGAAGUGUCUUUUCCUUCCUUCUUCUCUGCGCUCUGGCGGCGCCGGCUCUGUAGUCCCUCGCCCCGCUACUGUGUGUUCCCUGUCCGGCUCCCCGUGUUAGGCUUUCCUGGUUCCCCGCAGGGAGUUGGGUCCUCAAGAUUCCGAGGUAGCGGCUGCUGCCGCGCGGGAGUUAGGGGAGCACCCCUUUUCGGCCCUGCCAACCCCGCGGCCCGGCCCGUGCCUCUAUGGGCCCAACCCAGAAGCCCAAUGUGUGCCACCGGCUGAGUCGCCGUGCGCUGGGUUUCUUCUCGCGCGACGCAGGCGUGGUGCAGAGGACGAACCUGGGCAUCCUGCGGGCGUUGGUGUGCCAGGAAAGUACUAAAUUUAAGAAUGUUUGGACAACUCAUUCCAAGUCACCUAUAGCCUAUGAGAGAGGAAGAAUAUAUUUUGAUAAUUAUCGGUGCUGUGUCAGCAGUGUUGCAUCUGAGCCAAGAAAACUUUAUGAAAUGCCAAAAUGUUCCAAAUCAGAAAAAAUAGAAGAUGCUUUAUUAUGGGAAUGCCCAGUGGGGGAAAUGCUACCCAAUCCAUCAGAUUAUAAAUCCUCACUCAUAGCAUUGACUGCUCAUAACUGGCUACUUCGCAUAUCAGCAACUACGGGAAAAGUCCUUGAGAAAAUAUAUCUCGCUUCGUAUUGCAAAUUCAGAUAUUUGAGCUGGGAUACUCCUCAAGAAGUCAUUGUAGUCAAGUCAGCUCAGAACAAAAGUUCGGCAUUGGCCCGGCAGGCAGGCAUUCAACAACCUGUUUUGCUGUACCUUGCAGUGUUCCAUGUUCUACCUUUUUCACUCAUAGGGAUUCUAGAGAUCAGCAAAAAGGUUUUCGGGAAUGUUACAGAUGCUACCUUAUCUCAUGGAAUACUGAUUGUGAUGUACAGCUCAGGACUGGUCAGACUCUAUAACUUCCAAGCCAUCACUGAACAGUUCAUGCAACAGAAACUUGACUUAGGGUGUGCAUGCAGAUGGGGUGGGACUACUGGAACUGUAGGAGAGGCUCCUUUUGGCAUUCCUUGUAAUAUUAAAAUCACAGAUACACCACCACUGCUCUUUGAGGUAUCUUCCCUGGAGAAUGCCUUUCAGAUUGGAGGCCACCCUUGGCACUAUAUCAUCACACCUAACAAGAAGAAACAGAAAGGAGUUUUCCACAUUUGUGCCCUUAAAGACAAUUCCUUGGCAAAAAAUGGGAUCCAAGAAAUGGAGUGUUGUUCUCUAGAAUCUGACUGGAUCUACUUUCAUCCUGAUGCUUCUGGUAGAAUAAUACAUGUUGGCCCAAAUCAGGUCAAAGUUUUAAAGCUUAUUGAAGUAGGAAAUAAUAGUGCCCAGCAUCAGAUCUCUGAAGAUUUUGUCAUUUUGGCCAACAGGGAGAAGAACAAAAAUGAAAACUUACCCACUGUUACAGCUUCUGGACGGGUGGUAAAAAGAAAUUUUAACCUUCUGGAUGACGACCCAGAACAAGAGACUUUCAAAAUUGUGGACUAUGAAGAUGAAUUGGAUUUGCUUUCUGUGGUAGCUGUUACUCAAAUAGAUGCCGAAGGAAAAGCACACCUGGAUUUCCACUGUAAUGAAUAUGGAACUUUACUUAAGAGUAUUCCACUAGUGGAGUCGUGGGAUGUGACAUAUAGCCAUGAAGUCUACUUUGACAGAGACUUAGUACUACACAUAGAACAGAAACCCAGCAGGGUCUUCAGCUGCUAUGUUUACCAGAUGGUAUGUGACCCCGGGGAAGAAGAAUCCACAAACAGAAGUUGUGAAAAAGAGUGAUAUAAUUUUAAAUUUUGAAAUGUAACUUAUCAGACUUUUAGCCAAAUACUCCAGCAGCUAUGUCCAGUCCUUUUUUUUAUUAUCUGCAUAGCAAGUUCUCCAGUAUUUUCCAGAAAGAUCUUGUAUUGACUUCAGAUGACUGUGACUUGUUUGUUAAACUCUUGCCAUACAAGGUGGUAAGGACUUCAUUUUAUGUAAAGGAUUUUUAGAAUAAUGUCCCAAGAAGUCUAGCAUUUUAGAGCUUUUAGCGAGGUAGUAAUAUAAAUAUAAAAUGUUGAGCAAAGAAGGACAGGUUAAUUCCAGUUGUUGGGAAGAGGGUCAUUGGUAGGAAGGUGUUUAACAUUGUUAAAACCAUGUUAAAGGGGUGCUAUGGAAUUUUGAUUGGUAAGACUAGAAGGGAGGGACAAAAAGAAAGAUACAAAAGAUAAAGAAAUCCUGUGUCCUUUAUACUAAGCUUUGCUUAAGGAGGAGAAACAAGAUCUGUAAUGUGAAAGCACACUUUUGAACCAAAAAUAUGUCAUCACAGUUUUUUUCAAUCUUAUAUAUGUAUAUGUGUUUUGUAUUUGUAAAUAGUCUAAGGAAUCAGCUUUAGUUCCCAAAUUAUCUUUUCUUCCAUGGUUUUAUUCUCUUGGCUUGAUAUUCCCAUUGAUUAUUUUCUAUUAUAGACUAUUGUAAAAGAUUCCAAGCGUACUUUAAGAAAUUUUUUCCAGUAUGUAGCCUUUUUAGCUUUUAAUACACCUAAGAAUGUUGUACUUAUUUCACUAUUCUGUUUAUUUGGUGUGUCUUCCAGUUCUGCAUAGGCAAUAUUUUUGUACCUGUACAGUAAGGUAAAGAUAUACUGAGUCACAGCAGUUCUGCUCCAUGUAGAAAAGUAGGUAGUUCCAGGAGUAACUUGGAACUGACUAUGUUGCUAGAAAAAGCUUUUGGCUUUAUCUUAGUUAUAAAACAAGUAUUUUUUCUUCUUUGUUAGAACUGAUCUAAAUAUGAUCCUUGAAAUCAGAUAAUCAUUCUUCACAAUGUUAAAUAAAAGCAACCUAAAUAAAGGGAGCAAAUAUUUCUUUGUGCUUCCUGUUUGAGAAAUCCAAUUGCUUAUAAUCCACAUGUUCAGCACAUUUCUCUGAUUCAGACUCAAAAGAAUAAUUAGUAAAAAUAGAGUAAACAGCAGCAAACAUCAUUGCUGAUUCAAAUGUAAGGUUAAAAUAAGAGAUUUUAGCUUGGAUGAUUUAUAUUAAAAAAUCCUUCAGUUUUGACUUGAUCCCAUGUUGAGAAAGAUGUAUAUCCUGCCCUGUUCUGCUCUUGAAGUUUGCAGAUAAAUUUCAAGCUUAUGAUCAACAGGUCUGAGAGGGAAAGGUGUUAGCUAUUAUAAAAGUCAAGAAAUUAGUAGCAGAGUCCAUAAAUUUAAAAGAAACAAGGAGAAGAAACCUAAAACUGUCUUUCGUGCAACAGAAAAAAAGAUUGGUAACAUUUUUAAAAGGGGAUAAUAUUUAUAUGUGGGCUAACAAUAUAAUCUUUCUUAAUCUGAUCCUAUGUAUUGUAGCCAUUUGGGAGAGUAGAAGUGAUUACUUCAUGACCAAGAUGAUGAAAAUAUUUUCAUAUUUUAAAUUCUAAUAAUUUUACAGCCACUAAUUGAAAAACCCAUUCUCAUUUUAUGAAUAUUUAAUAGUACUAUUUAAUAUAAUAUUGGAAGCUUUCAGAGCAUUUUAGAGACAUGAUGUGAUUACAAAGCAGUUGAAUAGUUACAGUGUGCUAGAUAUAGCCCCAAACUUCCAAUUAGACACUAGCUAAACAGUCCUGCCCAGUUAAUACAAAUCUUGAAAGGGAAGGAGUAGCUUAAAUAUACCAGAGAAGAGAAAGAAACCAGUAUUGUGUGGGUUUCAAAGCAGAUGCAGUGCAAUGUAAAAGCAUAAAGCCUAUUCUCCAUUUCCAAGAGUGUUUCAGAACUGGAUAUACUAAGACUUGAAUCUUGUCAGAUUUUUUCGAAAAAAGGUUUAUUGACUUUCCUCUUCUCCUUUAAGUUAUUGCAUCCUUCUGAUGAAAUGCUAGAAAGGAACUCAUCUACUCAGAAAGGCAUCUGAGAACCAAGAUUCCUUUCUGCUUCUUUGGCGAGGGUUGGUGGGUGUGUGGCUGUGUGGAAUACUUCGAGUCUAGAUAUGAACUGACUACUCAGAAACUCCUGCUGGCUCACCAUUGUCAAAAUCAGACUAGACCAGGAUCGAAAUGCCCUAUGGACUAGGCAGGAUCAAAAUGCCCUAGGGACUAGGCAGGAGAGGUACUUAGUGUGACAGUACCUUAGUGUAAUAAAUGGGAAGGCUAUGCCCCAACUGAAAGAACUAGCUGCUACUACUUAGUUUCAGGCAAUUGUAAUGUUACUUGGGAAUGUGGGAUGCAUGAUUGUUAACAGAAUGAUUGAUAAAAAGAUGGCAAAAGAUACAGAAGAUAGCAAGACUGUGAGAAAUUUACAGAUAACACACAUAGCAGGAGACAAUGCAGCAUGCUUCCCAGAAAACUAUGGGCUUCUCAGCUCCCCACAGUGGCAUGCAGCUGCUCAUUCUGCCACCUGCCGGGCAUGAGACUGCCAUUCGCUUGGGGAUGGAGGAAAGUGGGGGUUAAUAUCCUCCUGCCCCACUUUAACCCCCCUCUCUACCUGACUGUGUUAGAGACUUUAGCCGUGUGCCCACCUAUUGAACAGGUGCUAGUGUCAAACAUAAAACAUGGAGUAACAUUUCUGAGCAUUUAAUAUGACUGGGUGAAGCAGGGUAACUUCUUUCAGAAGGUCCAGAUAUUAAGCUGAUAGAGGUACAUUUCUGCAUUUUACUCCUUGAUUUAAGAUUCUAUAUUCUCAGAAUAUCAAUGCAGCAAGAUUAUAGUUCUUUGGCUUUCUAAAACAUUUCUUGCAAUGCUGGGAGAAAGCAAAACAAAUCUUAUCGUAGUUACUAUUUGAACUACCUAGUGAGGAAAUAUUGUUCUAUUUAAAGAAAUUAAGGUGCUCCGCAUUCUUCUACCACUUGAAUAUUUUGUUUCUUGUACAUACUUUUAAAAUAUAUGUUUACUGAGUGCUUUCUA